CCCGAUUUCAAGGGGUAUUGAUACUUCUUGGAAUGGAGAUGGUUUAAACUCAAUAUCUACAAAAUGAAACCGUGAUGGGGGAUGACACUGCUGUUGCACUAUCUCCACUGAGUCCAGUGGCGGGUCAAAAUUGGAAGGAGAAUCCAAGGUCAAUUAUGAACUGUAAAGAAUGAACACCAAACUGUGUCGAGACAUUAAAAUCUAUGUUUUCAAUUAAGAUGUUGGGUUAAAUUUUAACAUAUAUUAUCAUUAUGUCUUACUUGGACAUUUUAACAAGCAGCUAGUAUGCAUUUGUAUAUAUGGCACACAUAUAUAAUCUCAGUCAAGCAAAUCAACAAGAUUGUAGCAAGUACAUAUGUAAAUCAUACGUUAAUCAAGAAUAUUAUAGCAAGUAUGUAUCCCAGUCAAGUAAAUCAACAAUAUUAUUGGAAGUCCAUAUUUAAUUCAAGCAGCACAACUCAUGAAAAGAACACCCUGUGAGUAACGAAAGAGUAAAAGGAGGAGGGAAGAAGAAUAGAGGAGAAUGGGGGAAGAGAAUACCUGAUGUUGCAAUGAAGCUCCGAUUGAUAGAGAAGCUGGCCGCGACAGAUUGAGAAGAUGAAGAUGGCGCGAGAACUUGGGGGCAGAAUGAAGCUCUGAGAAAAGAAAUACUAAAAUGGAUAAAAUAGAGAAUUUAGUUUUUUUAGAGUUCACAUAGCAUACAAAUAAAAUAAAAUAUAGCUUUCAAUCAUAAAAUAUAGCUUUCAAUCAUGAAAAAAACUAGAAUAAAGCUUUCAAUCAUAAAAUUUUAGUGACAUCUUACUUUUUGACAACAGAAAAUGUAAAAGUGAAUAAGAAAAAAAUAACACAAAAUCAUAACUUGUUAACACAAAUAGGAAAAUAAAUUCGAAAAAAAAGAAAAUUUAGAAAUAAAAAAAUGAGUAAAAAUAUUUUAUUUUAUUUAACUUCAGUACAUUUGUAGAAUUUUUAUAAUUAUUUUUACAUGUUUAAAAAAAAUUAAUCUGGCAAUUUUAUCUUUUUAUUUUUAUUUUUCUAAAACUGAGAGUUUAUAGAUGAGAUUAAUAAAAGAAGAUCAAGUAUAGUUAGAAUUAUUUAUAGCUUACGCAUAGUUCACAUUUAAAUUUAACCUGCUAUACCAGGUUGUAGCAGGUUAGGGACUAUUUUUGGAAAAUAACCCCUAUAGUUGGGAUCACUCAGGAAUAAUCUAUAGUUAGGAUUAUUAAUAGCGGACUGACAAUAGUUGAGAUUUUUAUUUUCAAUUUUUCCUUUUUUUUUAUUUAACCACUUGUCCAAAAAAUUGUCUUAUUUACCCACGAGAACCUUCCAACGGAACAGAGUAAUAAAAUAUUGUACUUUCCCGUGAUUUCUUUAUCUUGACCCUUGCAGUUUAUUGGUGGUUAAUGCUCGGUUGAAAAUGUAAAUAGUUAUGCUACUAUGAGCCCGUUUGGUAAUAUCAAAAUUGGCUGAAUCGACUGAUUGUGUUGAAAUUUAUGAAGUUCUGACUGAAGUGGCUGCAUUGUUUGAAAUUUAUGAGCCCGAGCCCAAUGAUUCCUUUGAUUUUGUAAGGCCCUUCCCAAUUUUUGGCAAAUUUUCCACCCUCCAAAGGUUUGCUUGUAGACCUUCUUAGAACUAGGUCUCCGACUGAAAUGAUCUCGGUCUGACCUUUGCAUCGUGGUAUUCCUUGACCUGCCUUCUGUAGUUUUCAGCCCUAAUGAACGCAUUGUCCCUCCUUUCCUCGAUCAGGUGCAGUUUUGCCCUUAGCAUAUCCUCGUUAUUUUUAGGAUCUUAAUCCUCCACCCUUUUGCUUGGGACUAAGGUCUCCAAAGGCGCUCGGGCUUUGAAUCCAUAAGUCAGGGCAAAGGGAGUUUCACCAGUGGCUUUCCUUGGAGUAGUUCGGUACGCCCAAAGUAUGUUGUUGAGUUCAUUCACCCAAUUUGUUCCCAUUGACCCCAACUUCCUUUUGAGGCCACUAACGAUCGUUCUGUUAGCAUUCUUGACUUGUCCAUUGCAUUGGGGGUAUGCAACGGAUGCCCUGCUAGCCUCAACUCCCCAUUGUUCGCAAAAUUCUUUGAAUGGUUCGGAGUCAAAUUGUUUCCCAUUAUCAGUGAUGAUUUGCAUGGGAACGCCAAAUCGGCAAAAUAUGUUCCUCCAGACGAACCUUUUGCAUUGUUCCACAGUUAUAGUAGCCAUUGGUUCAGCCUCAAUCCACUUUGUGAAGUAAUCAAUUGCUACUAUCACAAACUUCCGACCUCCUGAGCCCGGUGGGAAGGGUCUAACGAGGUCUAUUCCCUAUCUGGAAAAGGGGAUCGCAUUGCUGAUGGGGUGAUAUAAUGUGGCAGGCCUGCCAGGGUUUGUUUGAAACUUCUGGCAGACCUCACACCUUCGUGCGAAGUCCACACAAUCCUUUAUCAUUGUAAGCCAGAAAUAUCCUUGUAAAAGAGCUUUCCUACUUAGGGUAAACGCACCUUGAUGGGAUGAGCAGGUCCCUUCGUGUAGUUGUUUGAUCACUCGUUGCGCUUGUUCUGGCCUAAGACAUUUGAGUAGCACGCCAUUGUAGCUUCUUUUGCAAAGUUUGUCAUUCUCAAUGAUGUAGUUCGGAGCCCAUCUUUUGAUCAACUAUGUCUUCUCUUCAUUGGAAGGCAAUGUUCCAGCCUCCUUGUAUUCCAUCAAAUCUUCGACCCAGGAUUUUUGCCCUUGUUCGAGAGGAAAGACCUCCAGGUCCUUUGUGACCUCAAUGCUAGGUUUAUCCAGCUCCUGUACCCGGGCUAUGUGCAUAAGAUGUUCAGGCGCAUCUUCGGUCAGUUUUGACAAGAUAUCUGCCUCAUUGUUUUGGGCUCCGGGAACACAUAUCAGAUCUGACUCCUCAAACUGUUUGAUAAGUUCCAAGGUUGUGUCCCUGUACUUCUGCAUCUGUUCUUCUUUGGCUUUGUAUUCCCCUCUAAGCUGUUUUAUGACCAACUUAGAGUCGCUUUUAAUCCUCAGUUUUUGCGCUUUGAAGUGGAUUGCUAUCCUGAGGCCUGACAGUAGGGCCUCGUACUCGGCAUCAUUGUUGAACAGGUUAAACUUGUAUAUGAGGGCGUGAUAGGUUUUGAAGCCUUCAGGGGCGAUGAGGACCACCCCUCCUCCGCAACCUUCGGACCCUGAUGACGAUCCACCAAUCUCCUUCUUCUUUUCGUUUCUCCUUGGCCAGAUCCCGGGCAGUACAUUCAACCAAGAAAUCUGCCAAGGCCUGGCCUUUGAUUGAUGAUCUAGGUUGGAAACUUACUUGGUACUGGCUGAUUAACAAGGAUCACUUCACAAUUCUGGCUGUUUAGCCGUCCUGAACAACGUACCAACUUCCAAGUCUGACAAUACUUUGAUUGGAUGAGCUUGGAAGUAAUGCGUCAGUUUCUUGGCCGCGGUGUAAACUGCGACGACGGUCUUCUCCAGGGCUGGAUAUCUGAGUUCAGCCCCAUGUAGGACUUUGCUGAUGUAAUAAACCAGUUUUUGAACCGAUCCUUCCUCGCAGACCAAAACUGAGCUGACUGCACUUUGAGUUACCCCUAAAUAGAGUGUAAGGGGCUCACCAAUCUCAGGCUUGCUGAGCAGUAGGUCUGAUUGUAGAUACUUCUUGAGAUCCUCAAAUGCAGCUUGGCACUCCGGAGUCCACUGCAACCCAUUGCUCUUCUUCAAGACUUGAAAGAAUGGCAAAGAUUUGUCCGCCGACUUGGAUAAGAAUCUCCCCAAGGCUGCCAGCCUUCUAGUCAGGAUCUGGACCUCUUUUACACUUUUGGAGGGUUCCAUGUCCAAGAUGGCCUUCACCUUCUCUGGAUUGGGCUCAAUGCUCCUGUGUGUCACCAUGAAACCCAGGAAAUUUCCUCCUUGGACUGCGAAAGUACAUUUUUUAGGGUUGAGCCUUAAAUUUACUUCCCUCAUGAUGCUGAAAACCUCCCUCAAAUCGUCCGCAUGAUCGUUCGCCCUUUGACUCUUGACAAUCAUGUCAUCAACAUACGCUUCCAUGUUACUUCCCAGAACUGAUUUGAAUACUUUGGACACCAUCCUAGUGUAGGUAGCCCCUAAGUUCCUCAAACCGAAGGCCAUGACCAGGUGGCAAAAGACUCCCUCUGGUGUGAUGAACGAGGUUUUCUCCGCGUCAUCCGGGUGCAUCGAAAUCUGAUGGUAUCCUCUGAAUGCGUCCAUAAAUGAUAGGAGUUCACACCCAGCAGUCUGAUCUAUACCAGUUGAUCUAUGCUUGGCAAAGAGAAAGGAUCCAUCGGGCAAGCUUUGUUAAGUCAGUGUAAUCCACGCACAUCCUCCAGGUUGGUGGCUUUGGAGCUAAAACCACGUUGGCAAGCUACUCCGGAUAUUGGACUUCCCUAAUGUGCUUUAUGCCCAAUAGCAUUGCUACUUCCCCUUUAACAAAUUCUUUUCUAUCCAAAGACAAGUACUUGUGUUUCUGCUUAACAGGAGCAACCUUUGGAUCCACGUUCAGAUGAUGAACUGCUAUUCUGGGGUCGAGCCCUGGCAUUUCCUAAGGUGCUUAGGCGAAGAUCUUCUCGAAUUCCAUCAAAACUCGGACUAUCCUAGCUUUCAGGUCGGGUUGGAGUCCCGCACCAAUUUUAACCCGACGUUCUGGCCGAGCUGGAUUGACUCUGACCUCCUCGAGCUCUGAGGUAGGCUGGGCUUUGAACUGCCCCUCCUCAAAUUUUGUCAAGUCCUGUUCGAUGGCAUUUACUGUAGAUUCAUUCCUGCCAUGAGCUUUGCAAGCCCUCACAUAGCAACUCUUGGCCAUCUUUCGGUCUCCUCUCACUGUUCCUAUUCCCGCGGGAGUGUAGAACUUGAUGCACAAAUGAGACUGGGAGAUAAUGGCUCCCAGGUCUUCCAAAAGAGGUCGGCCGAGGAUUGCUUUGUGAACACUCGGCAGUUGCACCACCACAAAAUCUAUCUUGACAGUCCUCACACAUGGUUCCGAUCCGAGCUGGAUCUUGAGGGUGAUUACUCCCUCGGGCUCAAUUGUGUCUCCUGUAAAACCUGACAACAGGGUCUUGACGGGCUUGAGGGCUGCCUUCUGGAGACCGAUCUCAUAGAGGGUGUCCAUGCAUAGAAUGUUCUCUGAACUUCCAUUGUCCAUGAGGACUCGAUGGACAAUGGUGUCAAGAACCUCCACUUUUACCAUCAGCACAUCCCUAUGUGGUGGAGGACACGGUGGCAGAUCAUCGUCGGUAAAGAUAAUGGAUUCCCGCUUCUGCCUCUUGUCAGCAGGGCGGCGGUUAAUCUCCCCAAUAAAGAGUUGUCGAUUCCAUUUUUUUCUCUCUGCCGCAGUGUCCCCGCCCACGGGUCCGCCAUAGAUCUGGUUGACGUUUUAUCGCUUCUGCCAGCCUGAAUCUUCCCCUUCUUCAUCAUCCUCAAACCGGGCUCCGACCCCCCUUUUCUUUGAGGUUGAGGCCGGCUCGUCUUUCUCCCUGUUCCAGGUGUUCUUCCUUUGAGGAUCUUGAUUCUGCCGGGCCUUCUUGAUAAAUUGGUCCAGUUGUCCGUCGCGGGCUAGUUUCUCCAUGUAUCUCUUGAGGAUAUAACAAUCGUCGGUCUCAUGGGUAUCGCUUUUGUGUAUUUUACAAAACUUACCCUUGUGAGGUUGACCGUUUACAAUAUUACAUUGCUCAGGGAUUGUGAUCAAACCAUGCUUGGCCGCAUACUCUAGAACUGUAUCAACUGGAAACUCAGGCUGGCUGGAUAAGGGUCCUUCUGGAACGCUCGAUCUGCCCUUUCCCCAACCUUUCUUCUUCUUUUUAAACCUGUUCCCCUUUUCAUGGUUAUGGGUUUCUUUCUCUGAACUCUUCUUUUUUCCGUCGUUAGGCUGAGACUUCCCUGACUCCUCAUCUCUCUUUCGUUUCUCUGCUUCCUCCACCGCGGCCUGCGCGUUGGCACGCAGUAAGGCUUCCCCGUGUGAGGUUGGGGGCUCGCGUAUGAAAUCCUUGUACAGCUCGCCCGACCUCAGAGCGUUGGUGAGGAUUGCCACAGCGGAUUUGUCAUCCAGGUCCUCUACCUUAACUGACUCAUCCUUCCAACGAACUAGAAAGUCAACCAGGGUUUCCUGGGAGCCCUGCUUGAUUCCCAGAAGGUGAGAGAUAUUCUUCUUGGAAUAUCUGGAGGUGGCAAAACGAGCACCAAAGGCGUGAGCCAACUCCCGGAAGUUCCUUAUCCUCCCGUUCGACAAAGAGUCGUACCAUUCCCGGGCUAGCCCAUCUAGGGUUACCAAGAAUCCUCUACACUUUGUAGCAUCAUCAUACCCCAUCAUGACCGUGUAAGCCACAUACCUGGAAACGUGAUGUUGUGGAUCUGUUUUCCCUUUGUAGGCCUCGAUGUUGCAUGGUCUGUAUCCUUGAGGCAGUGGUGCCUUCAUAAUUUGCCUAGUAAAAGGCUCAGGAAUUCGCACGCCAUGCUCACGACCAAUUCCUCCUUCGAUCUCCCUUCUGAGCUCGUUCAGCCUCCUCCUGAGGUCGGUGUUAUUGCGACCAGCCUGAGUGUGCACCGGAGAUUGGCGGUCUCUUCGGGCUCGCCUAUUCGCAUUGAUCUCGUUCCUUAGAUCUCCCCCACGCGCACUUCGGCGGUGAGACGAAACGGCAGUCGAAGAUCCACCCUCACUGGGCUCCACCCAAGAGGAAAGUCUAUCAUGAACAGAUAUUCUUUGCUCGCUAAUCCGAUUUGCCACCGGAAUCCUGGGAGUCGCUCUGGAUUGAUGGGAGCGUUGAGAUGGGGCAGGUGGAGAGUGCCUUUGACGUUGAGGGGAAUUCUCCCCCCCUCGCAGGAUUAUGGAUGGAGCCCGGCGGGGGGAAGGAGGUCUCCCAUUAGGAUCAGGAAUGAUACCUUGGAAUGCAGUUGUCAAAGUUUCCACCGCCCUUUGGAACGUAGCGAGGCUCGCCAAUGCUUGCGUUGGAUCCACGUUGGGGAUGUUGUGUCCAGUACCCGGCGUCUGAAACUGCAAUGGACGCACCGCCGGGCGCCUGGAACUCCCAGCACCGUGAAUCUGGUUCCUCAAAUCACCUUGGGUGGUGACGUUGUCGUUGCGUCUCCGGAAGUCACUUCGUCGCGACCUCGAACCUUCGUCCUCGAUCAUGACUUGAUUGUAACGAUCUCCACCUUGACCGCUACCAACACGAUUAUGGCUGUUUGAUCCAACCAUGAUUCUUCGCAGAUUCAACUCUCAACGAGAGCACCAAAUGAUGGAGUUUAAUCCAACUACGAGAGCUAAAUUUACGUAGACGAUGUAAAUAAUAUCGAAAAUAAUAUGAAAAGAAUGUGGCAGCGUAAGGCAGUAUUACUCUUAUUCCGGAAUUCAGGAAUCGGUCCAAAGGUCCCUCCUGGUAGGGUGUUUACAUCAAGUAUUUAUAGAGAUUAGGAUGUAGAAUUAUGGGAGGAAUCUAAUACAAUAAAUGCUUAAUUAAUAAACUAUAUUCUUGCUCGAAAUAGAACUUCCUUCUGUGCUUGAUUCCCACACGAUUACUUUCUCCUUUUAGUUGCUGAAUUCCUCUGUUGCCAAAUAGCUAUCUUCGAAUGGUACCUUGCCACGUAAACCUCAGGAAUAUCCCGGCCUCACUAGAAUUCCGCCCAGGCUCGAGGUCUGCUGUCCAGCCCGGCCUGACUGUGGGCUCCUAUCGUGGGCCUGAUUCCCAAUGGGUCUAGUGGCUCAUUCGAUAUUACUCUCGUUUAUGGGUUAAUCCUGUUAAUUAGGCUGAUCCCGUAGAGGGUUGAUCCCGUUGAUGGGCUUUGCUUUAAUUCAAUCUUGGACCAUGGCUGUGAUCCAUGGUUCCAUCAGGUUAAUAACUUGUAAUUUUUAUUUUUUGGAUUACUACUAGUUUAUAGCCAAUAGUUAGUACUCCAUAUUAUUUUUGAGUCAUUUUCUCCAAAACCGCUAUUUAAUAUUACACCACAUUUGUAUAACAUCUUUGCCGCUUCACAGCAUAAGAUUUUUUAUUAUGGCACCCACAAACUUGUAUGUAAAAACAGUUUGUCCAUAAACAUUUAAGUUUGUGUUGUGUAUGAGUGUAUGACUAUAUCAUAACAAAUAACCUUGUUCAAGUGAAGGUGGAGUGUACAAUUUGCAUAAUCCGCUUCUUUCACCAUGUUAAGAUCAUAAUACUGAAGAGAUUUUGAUACAUGAUGAUACAUACUACCUGCGUCGUCCCUAAAAACUCUGUCGGAUCUCUAAAACUUUGACCAACUAUAGAUUUUUUUAUAAAUUAUUUAUAACAUAAAAAUGAUAUGAAUGUGUUCCUUGUUAAAAAUACUUUCAAAAAGUAUAAAAUUUAUAACUUCUAUAAUAUUAUACUAAAUUCAUGGUCCAAAUUUUAUGAGGUAGUAUAAAAUGGGACAGGUGAGUAUGUGUUACUCUCAAGUCUCAUUGCAAGGGUAAAAGGACUGAAGCUAUAUAUUGUUUUUUCCCAUGUGAAUGUAGUAUAAAAGGAAGGUAUGUGCGAAGCUGCAGGUUUCGGCAAGCGCCAAGAAGAUCCUUAUAAUGGGAGGCACCAGAUUUAUUGGUAUCUUUUUGUCCAGACUUCUGGUCAAAGAAGGCCAUCAGGUUACUCUGUUCACAAGAGGAAAGGCCCCAAUUGCACAACAAUUGCCAGGAGAAUCGGACGGUGACUUUGCUGAUUUGUGCUCCAAGGUUGUUGUGCCAAUUAAUCAGUCAUCUCAAAGAACCAUAUGCCUUUCUUGCUUCUUCACUUGAUCUUAUAGUUCCAGUAUUCUGAGAAAGCCUUUUUUAGAUAUUGCACUUGAAGGGAGAUAGAACGGACUAUGAUUUUGUUAGGAGAAGCAUCUCUGCUGAAGGUUUGGACAUUGUGUAUGACAUAAAUGGUAGGUGUGAUGGUUAAACAUCAUCUUUGUUAUGUAAAUAAGUUAAAUAGACCUAAUAACAUAACAUAACCUGAGUGAGCAUUAACUUUAAAAGAUACUCGUAGAUGUUAACAAAAGGUUGUAUGGAUGAAGAUGUUACAUCCAAGACAGAACAAAUACAAAAGCUCACAUGCAAGGUCUUAGACUACUCCUAUUUCGUAGACAUUUUUGGGGUGUCACCUUAAGUCUUCAUAAUGUAUCGGAGCUCAGUAAAUUACAAUGAGCAAUUCAAUCUCGGCAAGUCUGAUCCAAUGAUGGCCAAAUUCGCAAUGAGAGAUACUUUAACAAGGACUUCUUAUUCUACAAUUUGAAUUGCACGCCUGAAUGCUUGAUUUCAUUUUUUCUUUUGAGCUUAACAAAAAUACCUUGGAAUUGGAAAUGCUUUAGUUGUAAUUUGCAGGACGGGAACCGGUUGAAGUGGAACCCAUAUUGGAUGCAUUGCCUAAUCUUGAACAGUACAUAUACUGCUCCUCAGCUGGUGUUUAUCUCAAAACUGAUUAUUUGCCCCACCAUGAGACUGAUGAAGUUGACCUGAAGAGCAGGCACAAAGGGAAGCUGGAGACAGAAAAGUUAUUGCAAUCACGAAGCAGCGUUAAUUGGACUGCUAUAAGACCAGUCUAUAUAUGGUCCCUUGAACUACAAUCCCAUUGAAAAGUGGUUUUUUCACCGCCUCAAAGCCGCCUGCCCAAUUCCCAUUCCCAACUCUGGAAUGCAAGUAACCCAACUUGGUCAUGUUAAGGAUCUUGCAAGAGUCUUUGUUCAGGUUCUUGGUAAUGAAAAGGCAAACAAACAGGUGUUUAACAUUUCUGGAAAUAGAUAUGUUACUUUUGAUGGAUUAGCAAAGGCAUGCGUGAAGGCUGGUGGGUUCCCUGAACCAGAUAUUAUUCACUACAACCCUAAGGAGUUCGAUUUUGGUAAAAAGAAAGCAUUUCCAUUUCGUGAUCAGCAUUUCUUUGCAUCAAUUGAGAAGGCAAAGCGUUUGCUGGAGUGGAAACCUGAAUUUGGGCUGUUUGAAGGUCUUACAAACUCAUACAACCUAGACUUUGGCCUCGGAACCUUUUGCAAAGAAGCAGACUUCUCCACGGAUGACUUGAUUCUUGGGAACAGUCUUUUUGGCUAGAGUUAGCCAUGGCCUUUGUUUCUUUUCGUACCUUUAGGAAACCUUUCCAUUGUGCAGCUUCUUCAUUAAAAACAAAAAUUGCGAAUCUCAUCACCUUGAGUUGAUGUAAAUGAAAUAAUAAAUGCUUCUAGAUACAGUUAAUUUUCUAUUUACCAGUUCUAUGAUAUUAUUAUUAUUAUUAUGUAUGGCUAACACGCCUACACAUGACUGCUUAUGAAAAGUGCUAACUAUGGCAUAUUGAUGGUUUUUUGCCAUAAGCAUAGUGAUAGUUAAAGCAACAACAAAAUAUAUA